GCGCAGGCGGUGUCAUGGCGGAGCUCGGCGCUCACCUCACGGCCGCCUCGGCCGGCGAUGACCGGCCCUCGAUCUUCGAGGCGGUGGCUCAGGACAGCCUGAUGGCCGCCGUGAAACCUGCCCUGCAGCACCUGGUGAAGGUGCUUGCCGAGUCCAAUCCUGGCCGAUACGGCUUCCUCUGGCACUGGUUUGAUGAGAUCUAUGUCCUUCUGGAUGUGCUGCUCCAGCAGCACUACCUGGCUAGGUGCAGUGCUUCCUUUUCUGAGAACUUCUACAGCUUAAAGAGGAUCCCCAUAGGAGACUGCAAACAGCAACCAUUGGCCACUGCUGGCCUGCCAAAGAGGCAGCACUGGAAGUCUCUCCUCUUGCUGGUUCUUGUUCCUUACCUGAAAGGAAAGCUGGAGAAACUGGUGUCCACACUGAGGGAAGAGGAUGAGUACUCCAUCCACCCUCCCUCGUCAUCAUGGAAGCGCUUCUACAGAGCCUUUCUAGCUGCCUACCCCUUUGUAAACAUGACCUGGGAGGGCUGGUUUCUUACCCAGCAACUGUGCUACAUCCUGGGGAAGGCUCAGCAUCAUUCACCCAUGCUGCGCCUGGCUGGCGUCCGCCUGGUCAGACUGACUGCGGAGGAUAUCCUGGCCCUGGAGAAGAAACUGGGGGGAGCCACCUCAUAUCCUACACCCAGCAUUAAAACCCAGGUGCAGUCAGCAGUGAGGAAAGCCCUGGGCACCAUUGCCUUCUCCCUGUCCACUGGGCUGUCUAUCAGCGUGUUCUUCCUCCAGUUCCUGGACUGGUGGUACUCCUCAGAAAACCAGGAGACCAUCAAAUCUUUGACCGCGCUCCCAACUCCUCCACCCCCCGUGCACCUCGACUCCAGCUCCACUCUCCUACCCAAACUGAAAACUGUGUGUCCCCUGUGCCACAAAACUCGUGUCAAUGCCACAGCCCUGUCCACAUCUGGCUUUGUCUUCUGUUACCGCUGUGCUUAUGGGUACGUAAAGGCUCAUCAGUGCUGCCCCAUCACAGGCUAUGCCACAGAGCUGCAGCAUCUCGUCAAACUGUACUCUCCUGAGAGCUGAGAGAUCCAUCCCUGCACCUAGCAGCUGGGUAGCACUGAUCCUGAAUUCUCCCCUCCUUGUGUCCCAUAAGACUUUGGACCACUACAGCUCAUCAGUGAGCUCUAAAGCUGCUUUGAACUUGAUGAUACAUCAAUUUUGCUGCUCUUGUGAAUUCUGGUAAGGUUCUCCCCUUUAUUAACUGUUCAAACAUCCCGUGACAGUUUCAGAGGGACUGGACAGCCCUGGUCUGUCAGCCAGCACACAAACACCUUCAAAGACCAACUGAAAGGGAAGAAAUAUUGAUUUGGGUAAGAAUGUAGAUCAAAGACAAUCACUGGCAAAUUCCCCACUCAAGGGCAUGAGCCAGUAAAUUAAAGAGGUAGGGAAACUUCUCCAGGGGACUUAGUGCUCCUGCAGCAGUUUCUCAGCACUGCCAAGGCAAGUUCUGGCAGUAGUGCUUGUCUCAGAGGUAGAGACAGGCUCAAACCCCUGCUCUGAUCAUGCUGUUCUUCAGGGGUCCCCCUGAUUUUUCACGCUACUCGCCUUUGAAUUGAGACCAUCAACCCCCUAGUUCCCCUGACAGCUCUAACUGAAGGGUUUGACUUUUUAAAGGAAGAGAAGUUGAUGAAGGAGGUAAGAGAGACAUUACAUUUGUGCACAAGGGAGAAAAAUGAUGAACCAGAGCAAAGCAGCAAUUAUGGGAGUUGGCUUUUUUGUUAAAUAAGUCUUUGCAUCAACUUUAUUAAACCAUCCUUCAGACUUA